AUGGGAUCCGCGGGAGGCGGCGGCGGCGGCGCGCUGCGCGCCGAGGGGCGGGGCCCGUCGGCAGUUGCUGGCGAGCCCGGGAGGCCGAGAAGGCUGUCGUUCCUUCGGCCGUCGCAUCCCCGAGGGAGUCGUGUUGGCUUGCCCCGGGCCCCCAAGCUCGCCGAUCGCCCCCGAGGCUCGUGUGUGCGCUCCCGACCUCGCCAGCCGUUCGCCGCUCGCCCGCGGACCGUGCCUUUUGCAUCAUGUGCGAAACCAUUGCUAAUCAAUAACUUGGUGAAUGGGCUUAGACCUAAUCCUGUGGUGGAAGAGGCCCGAAAACAACCUCAUAAGAACUGUAAGUCUCACAGCACAAAUGCCUCGAAAGUUGGCCUGGGCACAUGCCACAUGUGGAUUUUGGUGCUUUUCCGACCUCCUUGGUAUAAAGGUAUAUUUGCUUACUUAAACUACCAUGUUCCUCGCACAAGACGAGAAAUCUUGGAGACCCUAAUCAAAGGCCUUCAGAGACUGGAGUACAGAGGAUAUGAUUCUGCUGGUGUGGGAGUUGAUGGAGGCAAUGACAAGGAUUGGGAAGCCAAUGCCUGCAAGAUCCAGCUCAUUAAGAAGAAAGGGAAAGUCAAGGCACUGGAUGAAGAAGUUCACAAACAACAGGAUAUGGACUUGGAUAUAGAAUUUGAUGUACACCUUGGAAUAGCGCAUACCCGUUGGGCAACACAUGGAGAACCCAAUCCUGUCAAUAGCCAUCCCCAGCGCUCUGAUAAAAAUAAUGAAUUCAUUGUUAUUCACAAUGGCAUUAUCACCAACUACAAAGACUUGAAAAAGUUUUUGGAAAGCAAAGGCUAUGACUUUGAAUCUGAAACAGACACAGAGACAAUUGCCAAGCUUGUUAAGUACAUGUAUGACAAUCGGGAAAGUCAAGACAUCAGUUUUACUACCUUGGUGGAGAGAGUUAUCCAACAAUUGGAAGGUGCUUUUGCACUGGUAUUUAAAAGUGUUCAUUUUCCUGGCCAAGCAGUUGGCACAAGACGAGGUAGCCCUCUUUUGAUUGGUGUACGAAGUGAACAUAAACUCUCUACUGAUCACAUUCCAAUACUCUACAGAACAGGGAAGGACAAGAAGGGAAGCUGCAGUCUCUCGCGCGUGGACAGCACAACUUGCCUUUUCCCUGUUGAAGAAAAGGCAGUGGAAUAUUACUUUGCUUCUGAUGCGAGUGCCGUCAUAGAACAUACCAAUCGUGUCAUCUUUCUUGAAGAUGACGAUGUUGCAGCGGUGGUGGACGGCCGUCUUUCUAUCCAUCGGAUUAAACGAACUGCAGGAGACCACCCUGGACGAGCUGUGCAGACCCUCCAGAUGGAACUCCAGCAGAUCAUGAAGGGUAACUUCAGUUCAUUUAUGCAGAAGGAAAUUUUUGAGCAGCCAGAGUCCGUUGUGAACACGAUGAGAGGAAGAGUCAACUUUGAUGACUAUACUGUGAAUUUGGGCGGUUUGAAGGAUCACAUUAAGGAGAUCCAGAGGUGUCGGCGUUUGAUUCUUAUUGCCUGUGGGACAAGUUACCAUGCUGGUGUAGCAACACGUCAAGUUCUUGAAGAGCUGACUGAGUUGCCUGUUAUGGUGGAGCUUGCCAGUGAUUUCCUGGAUAGAAACACGCCAGUUUUUCGAGAUGAUGUUUGCUUUUUCAUUAGUCAGUCAGGUGAGACAGCAGACACCCUGAUGGGUCUUCGGUACUGUAAGGAGAGAGGAGCUUUAACUGUGGGGAUCACGAACACCGUGGGCAGCUCCAUAUCGAGGGAGACAGACUGUGGUGUUCAUAUUAAUGCUGGGCCCGAGAUUGGUGUGGCCAGCACGAAGGCUUACACCAGCCAGUUUGUAUCCCUUGUCAUGUUUGCCCUCAUGAUGUGUGAUGACAGGAUCUCCAUGCAAGAGAGACGCAAAGAGAUCAUGCUUGGAUUGAAGCGGCUGCCUGAUUUGAUUAAGGAAGUACUGAGCAUGGAUGAUGAAAUUCAGAAACUGGCAACAGAACUUUAUCAUCAGAAGUCAGUCUUGAUAAUGGGACGUGGCUAUCAUUAUGCUACUUGUCUUGAAGGGGCACUGAAAAUCAAAGAAAUCACUUACAUGCACUCUGAAGGCAUCCUUGCUGGUGAACUGAAACAUGGCCCUCUGGCUUUGGUGGAUAAGUUGAUGCCUGUCAUCAUGAUUAUCAUGAGAGAUCACACUUACGCCAAAUGUCAGAAUGCUCUUCAGCAGGUGGUUGCCAGGCAGGGACGCCCAGUGGUGAUUUGUGAUAAGGAAGAUACCGAGACCAUUAAGAACACAAACAGAACAAUCAAGGUACCCCACUCAGUGGACUGCUUGCAAGGCAUUCUCAGCGUGAUCCCCUUACAGCUGCUGGCUUUCCACCUUGCUGUGCUGAGAGGCUAUGAUGUUGAUUUUCCCCGGAAUCUUGCCAAAUCUGUAACUGUAGAGUGAGGAGCGUCUGCAACUCUGGGCGAUUGAGCAACACAAGACACCUUUUGUAUUUAACACCUUGAUUUAAAAUUCACCCUUUGAAGCCUUUUUUAGUAAAUCCUUAUUUAUAUAUCGGUUAUAAUUAUUCCACUCACUUUGUGAUUUUUGUGA